GACAGCAAAAAGGGGAGCCGAGCCUCGUGUCCCUGGGACUGGUCUGUUUCGGGAACGUUGAAGAGACCACAGAAAGCCGGUUUGGAUUGGCACAGAGGGCUCCCUGAACGGAGCACGCCCCCCCCCUCCCCCGAGGACUUAAAAGCCUCCUGAGACCUGGAGCAAUUUGGAGAGCAACAGCCGACCUGGACGCCCUGGGCCCAGGACAACACUCCCGUCCGCUCUUCUCCUGACGUUACCCCAGACUUGGCCAGUCGGGGUCGUGCGUGGGGGACGACGACGAGUUUGUGAACCCCCCCACUAUGGUGGCCUACCUGAGCCAGACGCCCAACACCUACCACGUCAUCCACGGCUACAUUCGGAACCAUUUGGCCGUGAUGAGAAGCACGAAAUAUCGCCUUUCCUCCACCGUGUUCCCCCAGGACACGUACCCCGACUUCCCCUCCAGGGGCGGGUUCCUCAUGCCCAGGGCCAGCGUUCCGGUCCUUGCCACGGCCUCCGAGCGCAUCCCCGCCUACUUCGGCUUCCUGGUGCUGGCUGCCGGGCUGUGGUACCGGCACGAUGACCGAUUCCGGGUGUACGGCGUGCAGGAUGAGCAGUGUCUGUACGCGGAGGCCUUCGUGGUGCAUGGGGUGUCGCCGGGCAGGGUGGAGGAGGUGUGGAGAGGGUUGUACAAGGAGCGACAGUGUAACAUGACGGCGCCUCUCCCCUCUUAGGGGUGCAGGG